UGCCUUUCGCCGUAUAACAAAAGCUAUUACUAUUUUUAAAUGUACAUAUAUAUGUACGUGUACAUACCUAUGAGAGAAACUCAAGAUAAUAGUCCAUACAGUUUGACGACUUAAAACAAAGUAUACUAUCAGCAGCUCAAAUAUGCGCGCGAAAGAUUAGUAACCUCAAGUGAAAAAACAUAGUUGUGUGUACAAGAGCAUUCAUAUACAUACAUAUGUACAAACUUAUAGCAAAGUUGCAGUUGAAAGCUUCGAAAAAGAUUCUAAUUCUAUCAAUAAAAUAUUGAAUUCGGUUCGGUUCUUAAAAAAUAUUCCAUUUGUUCUCAGUGAAGUCAAAACAAAUAUCUCACUUCAAUUUGGCAGGCUGUUAAUUAAACAUAAAGAAGUCCACAAAGUUUAAAGAAUAUAAAAACCAACCUGAAAUGUCUACGCCAAACAUAAACUUUGGAUUAUUCUCUGCUAUCGAACUUUCUAAUACAACAAACGGUGCGACAACGUUUACGCGAAAUAACAGCGACGGGAGUAACAGCGAUACCAGCAGCAACAGCAACAGUAAAGCAAUGAACAGUGGCGAAGUUGCUCGGGAUGGCAUCAUAAAAAUAACCAACCUGACAAAAGUACAGCCACAGACAAACGACAGCCACUGCUCCAAAAGUAUCGUCACUGAGACAGCGAAAAGGCCUAUCACACCGGUAACAGAGCGAAAGUGUGGCAGUAAAAAGGCGAAUUGUGCGGGAGAUAAGCUUACGCAAUUUUCAAAUAAUGCAGAGCUUGAAUACGAGUUCGCCGAAACUAACAAUGCAAUAAUUUCGAAUGCUGGGAUUGCAACUCCGAGUGGGAUGAGACAAGAUUUUAAAUACGACACUGUCCCUCCGGUGGCAACAACGACAUCUGGAUCGUUAACAUAUGAGCACCAAGCGCAAAUUAAGAUGUUAAAUUUAAGUUUUGAAAACAUUUGCUAUGGUGUCAACACAGGUUUCUUCCAAAGAGAACACAAGCAAAUACUAAAUGGCUUGUCGGGGGUGUUUCGCGCUGGUGAGCUGAGUGCAAUCGUGGGACCUUCUGGUGCCGGCAAGAGUACACUGCUGAAAAUUCUCUCCUCAUAUACGCUUUAUGGCUUUUCGGGAGAUAUUAGAAUCAAUGGAAAUUUGCGUGAUGUGAAAACAUUCAAGCCAAAUGUUGCUUUCAUAACUCAAGACACCACUCUGCAGCCGUUUUUGACGGUUAAGGAGGCAAUGUAUUUUGCUGCCAGUUUAAAACUUGGACAACAGGUGACCAAGACGGGGAAGCGGGAACAGGUGCUAAAAGUUCUGAAGGCCAUGGGAUUACUUGAGUGUCUUGGUACUAAAACGGGCAACUUAUCGGGUGGUCAAAAGAAACGUUUGGCAAUCUCUUUGGAACUAGUGAAUAAUCCUCCGGUUUUAAUACUGGAUGAACCCACAAGUGGAUUAGAUAGCUCAACAUCCAAUCAGUGUAUUUCCUUACUAAAAUCACUGGCUUUGGAGGGACUCACCAUCAUCUGCACGAUUCACCAGCCGAGCGGUAUUGCAUUUCAAAUGUUCGAUCAUCUAUAUGCACUUGCCGAUGGAUCUUGCAUAUACGCAGGCAGACCAGGGAACUUGGUCUCAUUUCUAGCGGAAAGCGAUUUACAUUGUCCUCAAUCGUACAACCCUUGCGAUUUUCUGAUGGAGAUUGGAACAAAUGAUUACGGCCCAAACAAUCAACGACUUAUAAAGAAAAUGCAAAACGGGCGCAAUUCCGAGUACCGUCUUACCAAUCGUGUAGAAUCAUCACCAAGUUUAACAACCGCUAAUGCACCGCUGACACCAGUAAAAGAGACGCCAUCGCUCGCGCGGGAGAGCAGUUGCAGGGUCAGCGAAUAUAAAUAUGGUCACAGAUUAUCAAAAUCGAAAAAACCUAAAAUGUCAAUCGACACCGCACAUCUGUGUAAGCGCGAGAAUGUCUAUCCCACGCCAUUUUACCGUCAGUUAAGCAUUUUACUAAUGCGCACCUUUCUGCUCAUUUGGCGUGACAGCUCACUCACAACUCUGCGGUUCGUCAUUCAUUUCGGUGCGGCGCUCCUCAUUGGCCUCCUUUACUAUGACAUUGGCAAUGAUGCGACGAAUGCGAUCAACAUAUUUCGCUAUGCUUUUUACACAAUAAUGUUCAUCAUGUUUUGCGCUUUCUCGUCGAUCCUCACUAAAUUUCCUCUAGAAUUUCCUAUAGUUACGCGGGAGCAUUUCAAUCGUUGGUAUUCUCUGAGGGCAUAUUUUAUUGCGAUUACUUUUGCGGAUAUACCAAUUCAGAUUAUAUGCACAAGCCUCUUUAUAUUUCCCACCUACUAUCUGACUGGCCAACCAAUGGAGCUUAAGCGCUUCGUUUUGUACUUUACUAUCAUCUUCCUUACGGCUCUUGUUGGGCAAAGUAUAGGGCUCUGUGUAGGAUCUGCACUGAAUCUUCUCCACGGCGCUAUAUUUGGACCUUUCUUCAUUUGUCCUUUCCUGGCGUUUUCCGGUUUUUUCCUGCAACGAAAAGACUCGCCACUUUAUUUGACAUUUUUGUUCGAUAUAUCAUUCCUCAAGUACGCUAUGGAUGGUUCAAUGAUGGCGCUUUUUGGCUAUGGCCGAGGUAAAUUGGAAUGCUACGAAAUUUAUUGUCAUUACACGCAUCCCGCCUUCUUUCUUCGGGACAUGGAUUUCGGCAAUGCAAGCUAUCAACUGGCUGCCAUAUUUUUACUAUCGAUAUUUUUAGUGUUAAGAAUUCUUGCAUUCUAUAUUUUAUCCUUCAGGAUGAGGUUGUUUAGAUGAGGUUUGAUGUAUGUGUCUUCAUCCGAAGAUUUUUCUAACUAGCCUGCUCUCCUUAUAUUGUACAAAUUCGAAUUGUACUGAAUAAGUACAAUAUAUAAAUACAUAUGUAGCUCAGAAUAAGCGCCUUUAAGUAGACAACGAUCAGCAAGCACUGGAGCGAUACAUAAAAGUGUGUGAUGUGAUUUAAAAACAAAAAGUAGUUGUACGCGUGGAAAAUUAGAAAGUUUUUUACUUUUUUGGAUUAAUGCAGUGAUAUGUGGAGUGUUUGUGUGAUCUGCCUACCUUUAUAUUGAAAAUUUAAGCUUUUCGUGAACUUUUUUCUUAGCCCAAAGAUAAACUACCAAAUAGAAAAUUGUCAAUUCUCAACACAAUAGGUAUUAAUGCGGAAAGUUUGCUCAGAUUUAUCCAAAUUGUAUAUAAAUUUGUAUUCACUCAAGUUAGGCGUGUUUCCAUUUUCGAGGUAAAUAUACGCAUUGUAAAAUAUUAUUUUAUUAUAUUUUUACAUCCUUCAUGCGGUUGCAUUUUGUUAUUGAAAUCGGAAAAAUAGUGGUUCAAAAGAAGUACUAAGAAAACAAUAAGAGAAUUCAUACAAUUUCUAAAUUUUUAGAAAGAACUCAUUGCUCCAAUAUUGUGAUAGACUAGCUCUUAAUCGCUAAGCACGUACGCUAACAUUUUAUAAUGCCCCGUGUAAACGCCUAAAAAUAUGCAACUUUGGCACAUUACUAGAAUGUUUGCGAGAAGGAACUUUAUUUUUAAUAAAUAAGCAUUGAAUCAAAGCUCGUUGAGGAAUAUACAUACACACAUACCUGUGUUCUACUUGCGUCAGUGAUAAUGACGCAUUAAUUAGUGAUACAUUCCUGAGUCCAAAAAUAUAUAAGUUUUAACAAAUUUUGUAAUUUAAAAAAUUAAUUAAAAAUGUCGGUUUAAUAAAACUGUUUUAUUUAAGAAGAUUGGUAAUACAUAUUUGUGGAAGAGUAAUAAAUGCUUAAAAAUCAA